AUGGCGACCAACAGUGACGGGGUUCCCCAGGCUUACUUUGAGCCGCCCAACAGUCUGCUGGACAUGAGCAGUCAGACCUACAACGGCCUUCUCGCGAUUGGAACUCUCGCUACCACUUCCGUGCUAUUUACGUCGGCGCUGCUAGCCUUCAUCACAUGGCGCAUGAUUGCCUGGAAGUCCCACUACACCAGCGCCGUUGGUCGCAACCAGUCGGUCGUUCUCAUCUACCAGUUGGUUCUUGCCGACUUUCUACAAUCGCUCGGUUUCCUGGUAUCCUUUCACUGGGCAUCGAAUCAUCGCAUUAUAGGACCUAAUGGGGCUUGCUUCGCCCAGGGAUUGUUAAUCCAAGUCGGCGAUGUGGCAAGCGCUCUCUUUGUGCUGGCAAUUGCCGUGCACACGACCUAUCAGGUUGUUCUAUCACGGAGUGUGACAUAUAGGAUGUUCAUCGGCUGUAUUCUAGGCCUGUGGUCUUUUGCUCUGCUUCUGACGUGUCUCGCUCCUGUUGUCGGCGGGCGCUACAUUUUCCUGCGCGCAGGUGUUUGGUGCUGGAUUUCUUCCGAUCAUGACAACAUGCGCCUACUUCUUCACUAUCUUUGGAUAUUCAUCGUGCAGUUCGGUUCCAUUGUCACAUAUGUUACAGGAUUCUGGUACCUUUACCGAUCAAAGCAGCCAGGCGCUAUCAGGAUCAACGGUGCCAGCGACAAAGCGAUACGAAAGGCAUCCACUGCUAUGUUAGCGUAUGCCUUGGUCUAUACCAUUUUGACUCUCCCUUUAGCAGCCGGACGAAUGGCUGCAAUGUCACAAGACACCCUUCCCGAUGAAUACUACCUCUUCGCCGGAGCGCUCUUCACAUCAUGCGGGUGGGUUGAUACCAUUCUCUACGCGAUUACACGUCGCUCGCUACUGUUCAAGGAGCUGGAUGCAUACAAUGGCCAGUCAACCCCAGAGUACGCACAUUCGAGCCGAAGAAUGCCAAGGCAGGGCAGUACAGAGAGUAUCCUUGCCCAGACAGGAUUUGGGCAGCCCAGCGGAAUCAUGAUGGACCGAACCGUCAAAAUUGAGCUUGAUGAUUUGGAAAGCCAAGCCAGUCACGAGCACGAAGGCAAGGGAUACUAUGUCUCGGCCAAAGCUACGAAGAAAUGA